GCACAACAAUGUCAGACUACAUAUUCAAAUGAGUGUAAAAACAAAGCAGUGAUGGGAGGACUUUGACUCCAGAGGACGCUCCUCCCUGUGUGUUUGAACAGUCCAGUAGAUCAUUGUGUAGCAGCAGCCUGCUAAGAGCUUUCUGGUUUCCAGUCUGGCCGGAGCAGAGUCAAACCUCUGGAACUCAAGAGGAACAAACACCAUGCCGCGCGGGGCUGCUACAGGAACUGACAGGAAACAAAAGAAGGGAAGAACCACUUGAAUGCUCACGCUGUUGAGGAGAGGCACACGAUUCUACUCUCACAGGGGAUCAGAGCUGUGAAAGACUGGGAAACGUUCUGAACGAGGACUUUUGACUGCAGAACUUUCCCUUUCAGAACAUAAGGACUUUGGAUACUAAUACAGGUAUUUUGAGGAGUUGCCGUAUACUUUCUGGUAUAUAAGAUAACCACACAAACUGAGCCUUCUUUAGUAUUCAAGGACUGCAUUUCCUACCCAAAUGAAGCGUAACGUUUCGCUGCCUAGAGCACAUGGUUGGAUUAAGAGACUGGAUUUUUAUGACUGACACAAGUACACGAUUGAGGAGCACAUUUUAACUCUGUAAAAGUUACAACCCGGUAUAAAAAUGGAUAACUACACCUUAACCACACCAAGCUCCGUUCACAUUUUCAUGAAUUGCAGCAAGAAUGACGGCUUCAAGUACACACUGUACAGCUCGGUUUUCAGCGUGGUGUUUGUUGUUGGUCUUAUAUUUAACAUGGUGGCUAUUUACAUUUUUGGCUGUACACUGAAGCUGCGGAACGAGACCACGACCUACAUGAUAAACCUUGUAGUUUCAGACUUUCUCUUUGUCCUGAGCCUGCCUUUUCGGAUUGUUUACUUCAUUAGACGCGACUGGCUGUUUGGUAGCGUGCUCUGCAAGAUCUCUGUGGCCCUGUUCUACACCAACAUGUACGGCAGCAUCCUCUUCCUCACCUGCAUCAGUGUCGACCGCUUCCUGGCCAUCGUGCACCCGUUCCGCUCCCAGGCAAUUCGUACUAAGAGGAACGCCAAACUGGCAUGCUGCACAGUGUGGGUGUUGGUUCUUUCUGGAAGCAUUCCCACUGGAUUUCUUUUGGACACCACUUCACCCAAAAAUGCCAACUCCUCUUCCAACUUCUGCUUUGAAAACUACUCUGAAAAUCAGUGGAAGGCGGAGCUGUCCAAGGUGGUGGUGUUUAUUGAGACUGUGGGCUUCAUCAUCCCAUUGUUGCUCAAUGUCUUCUGCUCCAUAAUGGUGCUACGGAAACUGAGGAAACCCCAAGUCCUCUCCCGCGGCGGGACCCUCAACAAGACAAAAAUAUUAAGGAUGAUCUUUGUGCAUCUUUUCGUUUUCUGCUUCUGUUUCAUUCCCUACAAUAUUAAUCUCAUAUUCUACGCCAUGGUCCGCUCCAAAGUCCUAAAGGGAUGCAACGUAGAAUCUGUGGUCAGAACCAUCUACCCCAUAGCGCUGUGCAUAGCAGUGACCAACUGCUGCUUUGAUCCAGUCAUUUACUACUUCACUUCAGAGACCAUUCAGAGCUCCAUCAAACGCAAGUCCACAGUAUGGCACAAUGGUGCGAGGCUAUUUGAGAGACUAACGAUGGACAGCUCACAAAGCAGUCCAAACACAACACCCAAAAGCCUGGCCCUGCAGUCUCCGAGAGCCCAACAGAGUCUGUGGACUCACAAUGAGUCCACAGUCUGAUGUCGACUCCAUUAUGGAACAUGAUAAAUAAUGAAUUGAUUGCUGGUGAUUUCAAUCUGAGGACGUAGGUGACCUCAAUAACAACACAUCAACACAACGGUUACUAAGGAGUUACUCUCAUCUACUGGACGCCACAGAGCAGAGACUUUAGACUUGGAGUUAAGACACUGAUCCCUUUUAAGUCGAUAGAAGAGUGGAACAAGUCAAGGAAGAACAGGAAGUGUGUCGCAGCAUAGAUACUCUUGUCUGGGCUACCAGUUCACAACGCAAGUUCGAAAACAAGUGUGUAUUAGUGGAAAUGACAGGUGUGUGUUUUAGCCAUGGUAAUGGGCACUGGGCUGAAAAUAAGUUUCAGCUUUUGCACAGAUGACAUCUUAACUUUAGUCUUAUUUCCCAGAGCAGAUUCUCCUUUUUAAAAAGUCUGCUUUGGCAAUGCUGAACAAGUAUUACAACCCUUUUGAUGUACUGUUCAUUUUACAAGUAUUUGUGGCCUGAUUAUGGCUUUGAACCACUUUAUGGAGAAUUGCGUCAAUAGCAGCUUUUUCCCUAUACACUGAAAGCGAAUAAAAGCAUUUUUAACUUAAAA